AUGUCAACCCAACCAUCGAAAUUGGACACAACUGCGGAACAGCUACGAUCCAUAUACACACAAUUUCAAAGCAUAUUUGAUGAAAAAGUGUCCUUGCAUCUGCCACAAGAACACGACUCUACAAAAGGAGAGGUGCUGCUAGAACUGCAGAAAUUUCUGAUAGAGGGAAUGGAUGCAGCUUCCAGCUCACUCAGUGUUGUCAAUGCAUCCGACAACGCAUCGAUCGCAGACAUUUUAGCGCAAUCUCGCGAACAGUUCGUGGAGUCGUUUGAUUUGAGUCUCAAUGAACAAGUACGGCAGAAAUACCAGGAAUGGGAAGACCAAACCGUGAAAGUCGCGCAAUUGCGGCGCGAAGCGCCGCGAAAGCUUCGUGACGUUUACGAAUCUGAGGCCCAAGAGCUGUUGCAAGAGGCGGACGCUUUGAUAGAGAGUUUUUCACGCGAGGACAAUUCCUCGUUGCCCGCUGUCGAAAAUGCACAUGGGGACUUGGAAAUGGAUUGGUCCAGCCUUCACGAGGACUACUCAGAAGCGCUCGUCCGUCUAGCCCACGUGAAAGACGAGCUGCCGAAAAAUCAUGCCAGGGUGAAAAAGCUCGAACAACUAGUACUAUUUUUGAAAUCAGAGCUGGACUCUGGACGCUAA